AUGUCAGACGAAGAAGUCGCCGUCUCCAGAACCCAAGAUGUCGAUGCGCCCGAGGCACAAGAAACGGCGCUGACGACGACCAACACCGAAGUCGCCGCGCCGGCAGAGAGGAAAGUCAAGAAGAUCAUCCGCAAGAAGAAGCGCCCGGCGCGUCCGCAGGUCGACCCUUCCUUCAUCACCUCCGAGCCCCCGCCGCAGACCGGCACGAUCUUCAACAUCUGGUACAACAAGUGGUCUGGCGGUGACCGCGAAGACAAGUACCUGUCCAAGACGCACGCAAAGGGACGCUGCAAUGUUGCCAAAGACAGCGGAUACACAAGGGCCGACAAGGUCACUGGGAGCUACUUUUGUCUAUUCUUUGCCAGAGGAAUCUGUCCUAAGGGUCAGGACUGCGAAUACUUGCACCGGCUGCCGGGUAUCCACGACCUGUUCAACCCGAACGUGGACUGCUUUGGACGAGACAAGCAUUCCGACUAUAGAGACGACAUGGGUGGUGUUGGUAGCUUCAUGAGGCAGAACCGAACCGUCUAUGUGGGAAGGAUACAUGUUACGGAUGAUAUUGAAGAAAUCGUGGCGCGUCAUUUCGCAGAAUGGGGGCAAAUUGAGCGAAUUCGUGUGCUCAAUACACGCGGAGUCGCUUUCAUCACAUACACCAACGAGGCAAAUGCGCAAUUUGCCAAGGAGGCAAUGGCACACCAGUCGUUGGACCACGAAGAGAUUCUCAACGUCCGCUGGGCGACAGCCGACCCGAACCCCAUGGCCCAGGCGCGCGAGGCGAGGCGAAUCGAGGAGCAAGCCGCCGAGGCCAUCCGCAGGGCACUGCCAGCGGAGUUCGUCGCAGAGAUUGAGGGCAAAGACCCGGAAGCCAGGAAAAGGAGAAAGAUUGAGAGCAGCUACGGGCUCGAGGGCUACGAGGCGCCGGACGAGGUUCACUUCGCGCGUGGCGCGAACGCUGUGAACCCCGUUGGGCGGGAGGGUUUCGAGGUAGAAUACCAGGAGCGGCCUAUGCUUGAGAAUGGCGAUACGGCGAACCAGGCACAGUACGCCCUGCCUGCGCCGCAGGAGCAGUCCAUCUUGUCUGGUGGCAUCUUCUCUAGCAGCACCUUGGCAGCCUUAAACACCGCCAAGGUAGCGGUGGCAUCGAAGCCGAAACCCGCCGCGUCUGCGGGACCGUUAGUCGCGUACGACAGCGACGACGACGAUGAGUGA